GACUAGUCACCCAAGGUACCUUAUGAGGUCUGAGACUGAAAGCUUUUUCUUCCUGAAAGCUUUUUCUCCCUGAAAGCCUCUUCUCUUCCACCUUUUUUCCCCCCUCCUCUCACCUCGAUUUCUUCUCUCAUCUCCCUACAAAUCAGCCUUCUAUCCUAGCUUUUUCUGUCCUCCACUAUCUUGUUUACCUUGUCUCAUCUGAGUCUACCGCUCUUCUUCUCUGCUCUGCACCUUCCUUGCCCUUACCACCAGCACCUGAGGCCCCCCGGGGGAAUAGAGCGAUGGAUGCCAGCGCAACCAAGCUCCUCGAAGCCGUCUUCGAGCAUCUCGUUCUACCACCCCAGUUGCCUGGUGCUUUUGACGGCAACGAUACUGCCCUGACACGGAAUUUGGGAGAACGCCUUCAAGCAGCCUGUGCCUCCCUUCGCCAUGCGGGAGACACGAGAGUCUGGGAUACCGUCGAAGUCUCCUUGAAAGCCACUCGGUCGCUGAACCACAAUGCGCUAGCCAGUGGUGAUAUACGGAUACUUCACGCCCUCAGUCUUCUCACACAUGAUGGUGCCGUAGAGUGGCUCGCUGUUCAUGUCAUCCAACAGAAUGCUGCGAUUCUCAUUCAUCGGGCCCCAAGCAAUGACUGCAUCGUUUUCGAGGCUUUCCGGGUUGCAGCCCCGGCUCCUACAGUUCUCGAGGCCAACCAUGCCCUCGUACGGACUUUCCCCGACCGUGCAGUGGCCAUACCCCCAGGCACCUUCUCGGACGGCACCUUCAUGGACACUUUGAUCCAGUUUCUCGAACAAGCCAGUUCCGAGUCGUUCGACCGGUUUGCCUCGCGAGCAAUGAAAGGAGGAAAGUCCGUCGUCGAAUCUCGCGAUUUUGCCAACCCAGCCCUCAUUAGCGAGAUGCUCAUGUCCCUGCUGGAGGGAAUGGGCCAGCCCGUCGAUGAUCGUAUCCAUAAAAUAUGCAAAAAGGUUCGGGACGACGUCGUCCUGGCCUCUGCAGAGAUUCCAUGGAGGCGAUCGCCCUACUGGCUCGUGCUCCGCGUUGCCCUCUGUCGACUCCUCGCUACCCUGCUCAGCCACAGCGACGGUCGCGUGGCCCGGGUAUACUUCAAGUUCAUCAUGUGCCGCGUGUUGGCUGACUUCCUCAAUGAGUCCGUUGGUCUUCUGCAUCCCGAAAAGAUCCUUAUGCUUCAGGCAAAGCUUUGCCGCCGCCUUGCCAAAUUGGAUUCGGAGAGGUCGUCUGCUUCUGGACCGCUUCGCGCGUCAUACGAUGACUUUUUCACAGCCACAUCUGUCUAUUUCGAGGGCAUUGUCGAAAAGACCAGGAAGAUGAUUUCCUCUGCGUGGGAGAAUCACAAACAAAAGACCAUCCGUCAUAUUCCGCCCCUCCCACUCCGCGCUCCUGACAGUGACCUGGUCUUGAGCCUACCCUACAGUGGUGCGCAUCUCCAGCGUCUGGCAUCGCAGGGUACCGCCGCACCCACCCACAAGGUGACCCUCGAUAUGCCGUCUUUGGGAGAAGGCACCGUCUCUCAAGUCAACCAUUUGGCGACCAAGUACUCCGCGCUUAUUGACUUCGAGUCCACGGUGAUUACGGAAAAGGAUGACGCGUCCGUGGUCUUUGCCGAGAAGAAAUGCGAAAAACUCGCAGAAUCCAUCCAAAAGUAUCUUCUGGAGGUUGACACGGCAUACAACGAUGACGCGACACUCAUGAGUGCCUACCUUCUCAAACUAUUUGAGCUCUGGGUAGCCAUGGACCAAGCUGCCACCACAGCAUGCCCCCUCCUUUGCCAGUAUCACCCAAUCUUCGUACCGGCCGCCUUGGACGUACUCUGCCUGGCCACUGCAGAUGAAAUGUGCCGUCUUAGAGACGUUCAGACAUACCUCGCCAGCCGUAUUGAGUCUUGCAGCACGAGCCAUAACACCAUCCUCAGCGACCCGAAGAGUCGGAUGGCCUUCCCUAUGCAGUACGUUCACUCGACCCAGCAUGGCAAGGACAUCGAGACUUUAGGCCAUACCAUAGACUCGGCCUCCAUGAGAUCAGCCGAUGCAAAGCAUUCCGAGCUGAGCGACCUCACGGACCAGUAUAAUCAGCUCACAGAGGACAUCCGCGUUGGCGUCUGCACCUGCACCUUCUAUGCUAACGGCGGGAGGGACGUCCGAGGCUGCACCAAAUGCUGGAAAUGGCGCAGCCGGAAGAAGCUGAAGAUCACCGCGCACGAGGACUUUCUCCCGCCAUCCACAAAGAAGGCCAAAGCCCACCGGGCUGCCGUUCUCUUCGAGCUCGCCAUUCCAGCAUACUUGGCCGGGUACCGCAUGGCAACGUGGAAACUACAAAUUCUGGGAUGCCGAGAUGUCCUUGACCGCAGAGGUAAUAAGCCUGUACUGCUGCUGAACGCGUUUGGCCAGCUUAGGUCUUUCUGGGAUCAACGCAGCAACCGUCUGUCACUCACUCUUGGGUCAGAGACCAAGUCGUUUCUCCAGACUCAUUACAAAGAACAGAAGCUUCCAACAACCUUGGGAGCAAUCUCUUUGCCAUUCGGACCCAAAUUCUCUUAUUACGAUUCGGGAUCCGGCGUCUGGGCUUCUGAGCUUCUUGGUGUGCCUUGGUACCAGCACUUGCUGGGAACUUGGCUACCCCGGGGUAUCUCCGAUCCCUAUGAGAACUCCGCUCUUGCCAUGCAGAGAGACGUGUACGCCCCUACGUCGUACGAAAUUGCCGCAGAUGAACAUGACGUGCCCUCUGAUAUGUCUUGCCACGAGUUCAACGCCUUUCGCCGAGCCGUCUCUGCGAGAGGCCGACGAUGGCUGGUACUCCUCGUCGAACUCGGCGCAACCAAUAUCAACUUCAGCAGCGAGACCACCAUGGCACUAUUUCAUAGGCUGUCCCUCCAAGCGGGCCCAGCCGUACAGGAAGGCGGAGUACUUCGCGAGGCCCAUGUAGUGUUCCGGGACCCUACUUUUUGUGCAAGGCUCUGUGGCACGCUUCACUGCCGGCUGGACGCCCUGGUCUCGAGCUGGCGCGAGGUGUAUUGUAUGAGCACGAUCAUCACCCUGAGCCUACGGCUCUACUAUCUCUGCCCUGCCGUCUUCCAAGAGACGGCAUAUGGAUUGCUUUCCAGGACCCGACAAAUUACCGCCGAUUGGCUUACCCACCUUCGAAGCGAGGUCAGGUUGAACAACGACGCCGAAGCGGUACGCAAAGCAGCGACCUAUGCGUUCUGGGCCGCCUUGCUCUGUCGGCAGACCUUUGCUAUCUAUCACCAUGCAACUGAUGAUCAGGCUGAUCUAGAUAGCACUGACUUGCUUUGUUUCUUUCGUGCAUCUAUUGCUCUCCAAGAAAAUCUCCUCGUCAAUCUCCAGGAGCUCGCCCCGACCCUCAGACAGAUGCUCAUCAGGGACCUUUCUACGUCCCAUGCCAUGCGACGUCGGAUCAGCAAAUGGUUUAGUACGGGCUACGCGGCUCUUGAAGACGCCAUCAACGAGACUUGGACCGACGUUGGAGGGUUAAGCAAACGGUCGUUCGGUUUGUGGCAGCCGGCAUCUUACAUGCCAUGUGAUAGCUGGUGGCGCGUCUCGCGGACGCAGAAGACGAAGUUCGCAGCUUCACAAGCCGUCCACUAUCACCUUCUGCAGGGACACCUCCUCGUGGACGGGAAGCCCCUUGGGAGGCUUCCUCUGCAGAUGAGGGAGGAUCCCGGCAUCCAGGAGCUGUUUCCAAGUCAGCAUUUACUCACACGAUCGUCAAACCUGGCAGGGAUGGAGUAUCAGCUUGUCAACAGCGUCUUCGGUCACCAGAUCCAUUUCGGUUUCAGGGACAACCAGGUCGUUGUGCGGGCAGUGUACAAAGGUUCCAUUCUCGAACUUGUUCCCCGUACGAAUUUUGGCAAUGGACUGAAGGGGCCGCAGCGGGACCUGGACCUGCCCUCCGGGCUCGUGGAUGACUGCGUGCAUUGGCUCAAUCUCCAGACGGGCAAGCUCGAGAUGCGACGAAAACCGCGGGUAUGGGCGCAGAGGCCGGGAAACUGGGUCCUUGACGUACGCAAGCGUCUGGCCGUGAGAAACCAGAGCAGCAGAACUCGGGGUUUCCGAGGAAUGGGGCCUGCCAUACUCAAGACUGAAAAGUUGGGAUCCUACCUCGUUGAGCCCCGUUCAGGGGUCGGAAAACAAAUCGCCGACAUCUUCCGAGACUUUGAAGACACCGACAAAUUGACGAUUUACCAAACACCACAAGGCCGGCUGUCGGUGGAGAUGAAGCGCCUCGAAAUUCGCUUCCAUGUCAAUAACCAAAAGCGGCUCCAAUGUUCCGAGCUCAAGUCCGAGAUUGCAGAGAAUCAGGACGCCGGUACCUUCUACGGCCUCACGAGUAAGCUUGUGUUACAGAACGUCGCGAACGCUCUCCGUCGAAGCAUUCUUGUUCCCAUUGGCCCCGAGUUCUUCUGGAAGAAGCAAGGGAUGCAUGUCGCGGUCAGAGUCGCAAACAAUGGCUCAUAUGCCCGUUUUUCCGUCGACGAAGUCCUAGGCCGACUCAGAUGCGCUCCUGAGCCACUUCAUUUGUACCUCAAGGCACUUUUGCACGCUGUCACAUCCUUUCCACUUCCCGAUGGGCUCACUGGACGUACGGGAACGGAAGAAGCUUUUCACUGCCUGAGGUCGGCUUCCAGUCAACCAUGGACACCCUUGAACAUCGGACCCCGAAGCAUGUUGACCAGGCUGCAGUCACUGUCGCCGAAAAGAGUAUAUUACCCAGCGGGCUCAAAGAUCUACCAGAAGGUGGCAUGGAAUGAUCGCCUCACGGCCACUGUGCAACACGAAGGCCUGGCCAGUCUUGCAUCCAGCAUCCUCGAACAGUCACGAAGGCUGGACGUUUUCCGAAUGACGACCGGCGUUCCGACACAAGCCCCUGACACCCCAAGACCCGAAGAUAAACACGCAGAUAAUCACUUGGUUCUUCGUGGUCUCAUCCGGCGACAGAUCUAUGAGCGAAUCAAUUCCCCCUCGGAACAUGACAUCCUCGUCAAAGCUGCACAAGUUACGGUCUACGCUCCUGAAGAUCGCGCGUGCGCAUCGAAGCAGAGUUGUCAAGUGUACCAGACGGUGAAAGCAUUGGGGGCAAACGCCGGAGUAACGCCCUCGCUGCCAAAGUUGACACCUCUUUUGCAGACAUGGAACACCAUCGGCGGUUUCAGUCACGGCUUGCCCGCUGUGGACAUUCCCCUGCUUCUAGAUGGCGACAUUUCGGUUAUUUGGCCCCCUCUGGUUCAGUCAUGCAGACAACUGGGCAUCCGGGACAGCCGUAGCAGUGUCGUGUUCCGGCUUGCGUUCCUGGCGUACGGAGAGAAGACCGACAUGGGGCUUGUACGUUGGCUCGUGGAGCUCUCCCAAAACGCCCGUCUGCGUGACAUUGAACCACCGGAGCAUCCCACAUUGAACGGAUUCCGCCCCUUUGAGGAGCCUUGCGUGGAUUCUCUGAGGGCGUUAUUGUUGAUCGAACAGAUGGACCGGAAUAACCACAAUCUUCCCACGGCCAAAAAGGGGAAGAAAAGUGAAGCCCGCAAAAAGUACGUAUCCAAAAUGGGCGAUGAAGCAUCCGAGAUUGCGUCUCUUCUCGUUGAUAAGUGGCCUCAAGUGCCUCGUUCGGCCAACGACUUUGAGAGGCUACUCAAGGAUCAGUCGCUCGGGUGCUUUAUUGACCAUCAGAUAGCCUGGACUUUCUUGAGCGUCGAACUGCAAAGGUUGUUGAAUAAUUUGGAUCUGAGCCGAUACUUGCAGCAACUUGAGACGACAGUGGAAGAGGUGUUGAACGAGCAGGGUGGAGAAGUGAAUUUGGUGCGGUGCGAUAUCUGGUCCUCGAAACCAACCAUCUUGAAAGCGCCAACUACAGCGCUUACGCUGCCGCAUGAUAUUCCUUCUUUCAUGAUACCGCGACUCACGGCCGACUUGACGCUAAAGUCGUACGAUCAACCGAUCAGGCAUUCUGUCCUCCUCACUCCUCGCCCAGAAGAUAUGCAACUUCAGUCGCACCAACCGGGUCAUUGGGGGGAUGGGGAUGUUCACAAAGCCCUCUCGUCACUUCCUCCAGAGUUGUCCAUUCUCAGGGGGAUUGUGGACGGAUUUUCUUCUUCGGCAAAUCCCACGAGGAAACAAUACGGGAAGGACUUGCAGGAGUCGCUCUUGGCCCUGAUUCGCGAUCGCAUGACACCUCGGCCGCUAGAGAAAGCUCUCCCUUUUUUGGUCAAUACGGAGGUUGAUAUAGCCAUGGCUCGCAAAGCCUUGCGCGACCACAGCGAAAGCAUCCAGAAAGCGCUGUCCCGUGGCAGUGGUGGUUUUGGUUGGCUCAGCGCGGGUAACCUUUGGCCCUGUCUCUCCCCAGUCGCACUCCUAGAGCAGCUUCGCAAUGACACCACGCCGUAUCUGGGACCUGGUAUGAAGGAGGCUUUGGUGACUUACGGGUUCCUUGUCACGAAACUACAGCGUCUUAUUCGAAUGAGGGAUGCACAGCUCUGCCACAAUAGCAAGCGUUUCCUCGAAGAACAACGCCAUGAGGGCCACUCGAACUGGAAUCCUGCCGACCAUCCGGAGUGGCUUCUCCUAGAGAUUGACAAUGACAUUCUCAUACGAAAACCUCAGGUUGAUGUAGCGAGGGCCAUCAUAUCGCCAGCAUCGGGGAACAAUUCUGUGCUUCAGAUGAACAUGGGUCAAGGAAAAACGUCUUGCAUCAUGCCCAUGGCAGUCGUAAUGCUUGCGGACAAGACUCAACUUUGUCGGCUUAUUGUCCCAAGGGCUCUGCUUUUGCAGACGGCCCAGGUCAUUCAGAGCCGUCUCGGUGGCCUUGUUGGACGUGUCGUCCGGCAUAUCCCAUAUUCACGUCGGUCUUCUUCCCAACCGGACGUCCUAAACCUUUACCAGACCAUCCAUCGGGAUACUCUCGGCUCUGGGGGCGUCAUGCUUUGUCUUCCUGAGCAUAUCAUGUCAUUCAAGCUGAGCGGCCUACAGCUUCUAGCCGACCGUCGCCUAGAAGCCGCCACGAAAAUGGUCGAAAUCCAAAGAUGGUUGAAUGCGUCGUGCCGCGAUGUUCUCGACGAGUCCGACUUUACUCUGUCUGCGAAGACCCAACUGAUCUAUCCUAGCGGACCCCAAACCGCGGUCGAUGGUCAUCCUCACCGUUGGCUAGUGAUUGAGGAGGUCUUGUCUCUCGUCGAAGGCCACACAUCCCUUCUCCGGUCACGGUUUCCCCGUGGCAUCGAGGUUGUGCGGCGACAUCAGGGUUAUCCCAUUAUCCAUUUCCUUCACACUGCAGCUGAGGAUGCCCUCAACGAUCUACUAGUGGCUGAUGUUUGCGCGGGUCGCUUGUCUGGGGUUCAGCUCAAGAAUACGGAUUCGGAGGCGGCCAGGAAGAUCAUUGAGACGAUCAUUGUCGGCGUUGAUGUUCCCGAGGCUACCUGGAUAGAGGCCGCCGAGUCAUUGACUGACGACGUCUUUGGGCUGAAAAAUCUUUAUCUUCUCCGAGGUCUGAUCUCUCAGCGCAUCUUGCUCCUUUGCCUGAAGAAGCGUUGGAACGUCCAGUACGGCCUUCAUCCCGACCGAGCCCCCAUUGCCGUGCCGUUUGAGGCCAAAGGAAUCCCCUCUCAGACCGCGGAGUACGGCCAUCCUGACACGGCGCUUGUGUUGACAUGCCUCGCCUUCUACCAAACCGGCGUCACCAAGGGUCAAAUCUCACAAAGCCUGCAGCAUGUCAUCAAAUCGGACGACCCGGCUGCGCGAUACGAACGGUGGAUAAACGGGUCCGACACCUUACCCGUCACGCUUCGCCAUUGGCAUCUCGUCAACGCCGACGACGAGGCCCAGGUAGAUGAGCUGUGGCAGCAUUUGCGGUUCGACAGAAUUGUUUUGAAUCACUACAUGAACAACUUUGUUUUUCCUGCCCACGCGAAGCAGUUCAGCAUCAAGCUCCAGGCUUCGGGCUGGGACAUCCCGCUGUUCAGCACAGGGCCGCGACGAGCUCUGACGACGGGCUUUAGCGGUACGAAUGACAACAAGGGGAUGCUGCCCCAGAACAUCAAACAGGACGACUUGCCGAGCCUGCUUCAGACCAACGCCGAAGUUCUUAGCUCCCUCUUGGAGCCGCGAAACAGCAGGUGCAUUCAAGCCGUCGACAGGGACGGCCGCCAUCUGACGGAGAAAGGGCUUCUGGAGCUUCUCCACAAGGAGAAAAUACGCAUCCUCAUAGACGCUGGUGCCCACAUUCUCGAGCAAAAAAACGAAGACCUCGCGCAGCAAUGGCUUGAUAUCGAUACUGAAGCGCAAGGGGCCGUGUACUUGGGCCGCAACAGUCAGAUUAUGGUCCGGGCUCGUUAUCAGAAAGGGGCAUUGCCUCUUCUAGCAAGUCCCUUUGCCGACAGUCUUGAGACGUGUGUUGUUUAUAUCGACGAGGCACACACGCGGGGCACUGAUCUGAAACUUCCUCCCAACGCAAGGGGCGCUGUCACCCUCGGCUUGGGGCAGACAAAAGAUCAAACGGUGCAAGCUGCGAUGAGAUUGAGACAGCUGGGUUCGACCCAGUCAGUAGCCUUCGUGGCGCCUCCAGAGGUUUAUCGGAGCGUGCUCGACUUGCGGCCUAGCAAAGGGAACAUGAAUCCCAUGUCGUCGCCGAACCUCAAGCGCCCGCCGCCUGUGACUUCGGUUGACGUGGUCCGGUGGUUACUGGAACAGAGCUGCCAGGCAAAUGAGCACAUGAUGUCCCUGCAUAUCGCACAGGGCUUUGACUUUUGCCGACGUACUAACGCGCUGUGGAAGCACUCCAUGUUCCUCGCGGAUGGCCAGGAUCGAGCAAAGCUGCUGGACGUGAUCCGGCAACGAGAAGAACAAACGCUGGAACAGCUAUACGGCCCCAAGCAUAGGAUGCCGGCUUCUUCGUCAACCGGCGAGCCACAGUCGAUACAGGCUGACUUUCCCCGGCUGCAGGCUUUCGUCACCAACCUGCUGCAGCAGAAGCGGGCUUUGCUCUCCGACGGCAGGGUUGCCCACUCGUCGGCUUUUGAGGAGGUGGAGCAGGAGCGGGAAGUUGAGUUCGAAGUCGAACAGGUCCGUGAGAAUCAGAAGCCGGUCUCCUUCUUGCCUCAUGUAUUCCCCGGCCUCAGUGAUUCGCUGAAAGGCUUCGUCAAAACGGGCUUCUUGGACUCCAAUGGGUCCUUUGUUCAGGCGUUUGAGUACCUGGGAGAUACGAAGAUCGGGCGCAAGUUUGGAGUCGAGAAAACGUCGUCGAGACUCUUUGUAACGCAAGAGUUUUGCAAAACAAUUAUCCCCGACAAAUCCAGGACCGAAAGGAGCAUCAUGCGACCGGUGGAAUGGAUUCUGUGGAGUCCUGUGUUCGAGAUAGCCGUCGUAGUGAUUCCGGAAGAAGCCGAGCUCCUUCUGCCCCGUCUCCGGAGAAUGGAGAAGCCGCAAGUGUGGCUGUUGAGCUACGCCGCGCCGGUUACCAAGUCGAUGCGAAUCUUCAACAGUUUCGGCUACUUCAUAGUCCCUUCCGGGAAGAGGAAGUUCAAGUUCCCAAGUUGGCUCGGCAUCGAGGUUGGUGUCCUCGCCGGUCGACUGUACUUCGACUACAGCGAGUAUGGACCCCUCCUCACUUGGUUGGGCGUUAGCCAGGGGGAAGACGGGGGGAGCACCGAGUCUACGUCGAGUGACGACACGAGCGUGGUUGAGUCAGAGUCGGCGAGCUCCACGGCCUCCACAUCGUCCACGUUGCUAUCGCCUUGCGGCCUUGCUAUCAAAGAGCCGCUCAAGUUUCUGUUGGAGUGGCUGACGCAUCGUCGUCAAACGGACGACAUUAUGCACACACCCAUGGGCUUUAUAUGCCAGCGCCGACGGCUGCCAGAGGACCACACCUUCUUUUCCACGACGGCGAACUCGCAGGACUUUGGGGCACAGGCUCUUUCUCGCGGCCCUACCGAUAACACGAACGAUGACGAUGAAGAGGACAGUGACGACGAGAGUGACUGGGACCACCUGGAUCACAAUGACAUUGUCGGUAUUGGCCAACAUGAAACAGCUGGUGAGGAAGGUUUUGUGGGCGUGGAGAAGGACGUUGAGAACAUGAAGGAUCUUGUGCAUAAGUUUAGCGGUGUGCAGCUGGAUGGAGCGGACGCUUCUUCUGAUGUCCCACGCACAGUCUGGGAUGAGCCCUCGAGUUCGACUUCCUGGGGCUCUGGAGCUGGAGAUUCGGGCUCUGCGAGCAAAUGAUGUCGCGGUGCCGGGGGGGGGAAGGGGGUUGGCGAGUGCUCUGCCAAGUUGAGGGUCACGGAAUUUAUUUUGGGGGUGUCUACGUUGUAUGUUGCUUUGUUAGGGAGUGGUUCCCAGGGUAAGUUGAGGCAGAUCAGUAUAGGAGCUGCGAGUCAACGGUAAUAUCUAAUGUCUAAUUCUUC